AUGAAGUUCACGACUGUUCUCGUUCCCGCCGCCGCUAUGCUUAUCGCGUCUGUGACGUCCGCUCCUUACAAGAGAGAUGUGGAUCCCAACUUGGUUCCCGAUCUCGGCUGGCAGUCCGGUGUCAACCCCACUGGUACGGGUGACUGUGACGGUGCCGUAAACGGCGCGGAUGGCAAGCCUAUUAAGAUCCCCUGCGCUUGCCCUCCUGCCAGGGAUACGUUGAUCCAGUCCCUGAACGCCAAUGUUAACGCCGGCCACGCCGUCAACAACCCUUCUGUGGCCGUGACCUUCCCGACUGACGGUUCCCAGCAGUCGCAGAUUACCCGCAUCAACGCCGUGCUGGUGACGAUCCAGAACUUGAACGGCCCUGGUAAGGGCUGCCCCGCCUCAUCGACCACGCUGCUUGCACAGCAGAAGGCGAUCGCGGCUGGUGGAUCAGCUGCCCCCGCCCCCGCUCCAUCCCCCGCUCCUGCGGCCGCGCCUGCUGCUUCCCCCGCCGCAAGCGGCGGUGCUACAGACGUCGCAUCCCUUGCCCCAGCUUUGGGCUUCCAGAGCGGCGUCAACCCCACCGGUACCGGCGAUUGCGACGGCGCCGUGAACGGAGCCGAUGGCAAGCCCAUCAAGGUUCCGUGCGCGUGCCCACCUGCCCAGGACGAGUACAUUAGUCAACUCCAAGCUAAUGUGAACGCUGGCCACGCAGUUAACAACCCGUCGGUUGCUGUCACUUUCCCGACGGACAGCUCCCCCGCCUCGCAAGCAGCUCGCAUCAACGCAGCCCUCGUCACCAUCCAGAACCUGAACGGGCCUGGCAAGGGCUGCCCGGCUGCUUCCACCACUCUCCUUGCUCAGCUCAAGGCGGCGCAG